AGAAAAGAGGUUUUAGAAGCAGAGGCGUCUGCAGAAAUGGCUAGGCAAGACUUUGCCUUCAAUGAAGAGGAACUCCUCCUUCAACAGGCUAAAGCCAAGCAGAAACUGCUUCUAGCGCAGGCUAGGGCUCAACAAGAAGCUGACCUAGCACAGGCCAGGGCCCAGAGAGAAAUAGAGCUUGCAAUGGCUGAAGCCAAGCAAGAUGAACUGCAACGGGAUCUAGAUCUGCUUCAAGUAAAAAGAGACACAGCACAAAAGAUAGUCAGAGCUAACAUUCUAGCCAAAGCUCUAUCACAGGAACUAACCCAAGAAAACCUUAGUUUCCUGCCAACACAAGAGCCUACAGCAAAGGUUUCAGCACAUCUGCAACUGGAAUCACCUGUAGUGCAGAGUCAUAUCUCCUUUCGCCACCUUGAAGAUCGCUCACCUGUUCCAGUGUUCGCGACUUCAAGGCCAGCCCAUUCCUCAGAAGUACAGCAAAGCACGGCCGGGAGAGUGCCAUCUCUGUCAGAGUCCAUCCCUGUACUUAGGCCUCAGAGAUACCACUUGUCUACUUGGGAACAAAAGGAUGACGUCUUUCAACAACAUCCAGAUGUCCAUUCACAUUGGCAAGGCAUGGCCGGGAGUGAACCACCACAUUCAUCCCUGCAUACCAAGUCAAUUCUCCCAUCGCUGAAGAUGAAGGCUUCAGAGGUGCUGCCUGCCAGCAAUCUGCUGAACCCAGCAUCGCCUACCAUCGCGAAAAGAUGUGUUCAACCGAAGAACAUUGACUUCGUCAGGCCACAUCACACUCCUCAGAUGUACCCUUACACACUGGAGUCUCAAUUGGGUUCCCUCUUGCGAAAUCCAAGAAGAGACAUCAGAGACAAAGGCGUCCAGAAAUUCACUGACCGACCGGAUGACUACCUUCUGUGGAAAAUCACCUUCAUGAGGGCCAUUCGAGAUUUCAAGCUAGAAGCGGAUGAAGAACUGUCCCUUCUUAUGGCGUGGCUUGGACCCAGCUCAGCCGAGCAAGUAAAAAGACUUUAUGCUGCUCAUGUAGCAGACCCCCAAAGAGCUUUGUCCACAGCGUGGUCUCGCUUGGACCAGCGCUUCGGUGCGAGCACUGAGAUAGAAGCAUCCCUCAUGGAUCGACUCAACAGGUUCCCAUCACUGAAGAUGAAAGAUUGCAAACAGCUUUGGGACUUUAGUGAUCUUUUACUAGAGCUAGCUUCAGCCAAAGGAAAUCCAGAGCUGCCAGGUUUAGCAUGUCUGGACCAGCACACGUCACAGAGUGCCAUUCUCUGCAAACUUCCUUUUCCUCUUCGAGAAGCUUGGGGGAAACAGGUGUUCAAGUACAAAGAGGAGAAUGCAAAUGUAUACCCGCCCUUCACCUUUUUGGUGGAUUUCGUCACUAGAGCAGCUUGUGAGAGGAAUGACCCUCAAACAGGUCUUCUCGCUUUGUACCAAGACCUAAAGCCUGAAAAGACCUCCAAAGAAGACAAAGCCCAGGGCAAAGAUCUUAGAAGGAACCUGAGUGUCAAGAUGACAGACGCAACUCCUGCAACUUCUGCUCAACCAGUCAGCAACAACACCAUAUCCUGUCCCAUCCAUCAAAGGCCACACAGCCUAGCUGAAUGCAGAGAGUUCGCAAAGAAGCCUUACAAAGAACGACUCCAAAUAGUUCAAAAGGCCAAGGUGUGCUUUAGAUGCUGCGGCGCCACUAUUCACUUCUCCAAGGACUGCAAAGAAAAGGUUAAAUGCCAACACUGCAACAGCAUCAAGCAUUGCUCUGCAAUGCACAACUUCGAUUCCCCUCAAUUCAAAGCAAAGUCAAAUUCUCCUACCAAAGAAGAAACCAAAGAAGACCAAAAGCCUACAGAACCUCAGGUAGCCCUCAAGGCUCCUGCGGUUGCCUGCACCAAGCUUUGUCAAAAUAGCCACAAGCCCAGGAUUUGCCACCCAAUCUGCCUGGCAGAGGUGUAUCCAGACAAGCAGCCGUGGAAUAAGAAAAGGGUCUACGUCGCCUUGGAUGCCCAAAGUGACGCAUCUCUUGCAACCCCAGAGUUCUUCGACAUGUUCGAUCUUCAUACAGAGACAAUAGAAUACACCAUAUCCACUUGUUCUGGAAAGAAUAAGAUGAAUGGCAGAGUUGCAACAAAGUUCAAAAUCUCACCUGUUGGACAAAAGGUCAGGUACAAUCUUCCUGACCUUAUAGAAUGCAGCCUGAUUCCCAGGAACAAAGAACAGAUAGCCACGAAGGAGGUGGUACAAGCCCAUCCUCAUCUCAAAGGUAUUCAAGAUCUAAUUCCAGCUUUGGACUUGGAAACAGACAUCGUCAUGCUUAUCGGUGCAGAUUGUCCCACACUGUUCCGUGUUAGCAACCAGAUUGAAGGUCCUAAGGGAUCACCCAUGGCCCAGCAGUUGCCUUUAGGAUGGACGGUGUUAGGCCCAGUCUGCCUGAACAAGAUGUUCCAGCCUGUCACUAAAAGGCCUUCACUAAUGCAAGGAUGUGCCAGCCACAUCUCAGUUUGCUGCCAGGGAGUAAUGCCCGAUUACUCUUCCAUCAUCGAAGUCACAGAGAGAGAUGAGCAAACAGCCUUCUCUAAAAAUGAACAGAAGUUCCUUGAGAUGAUGAACAGCCAAGUCACUCAAGACCCUGAAGGUAAUUGGAUAGCACCUUUAACUUUCAAGCCGGAAAGACCAUCUCUACCCAACAACAGAGAUGUUGCCCAUCAUCGUCUCCUGUCCUUAAGAAGAAGGAUGCUAAAGGAUCCGAAGGUAAAGACCCAGAUCACCCAGUUUGUGGAAGACCUCUUCAAAAGCAACGAUGCUGAACCAGCUAGUGUGUGUGUGGAGGGAGAAGAGCAGUGGCAUUACAUAUCCACUUCAGAAAAUCCGGCAGAUGUGACAUCCCGAGGAACAUCAGCCGCAAAGUUGUCCAAGUCAUCCUGGAUCACUGGACCCAAAUGUCUUCAAAAUCCUUCCUUUCCAGAAAGCAUUUCCAUGCUCAAAGACACUGAGUUGCCAGAAAUUCAGUCCUGCAAAUCUACCAUCGAUGGCCAAGACUUAUCAAGGCAAGGUUUAAAUCCAGCCAAGUUUGAAAGAUUUUCAAAACGGACUAGACUUCAGGCAGCCAUUGCCAGGCUCAUACAUUACAUCACUACAAAAAACAGUGGUGCAAUUCAGCCCCAAGAUCUUUCGAAAGCCUCAACAGUCAUCCUGAGAUCCACUCAAAGACAGUGUUUUUCAGAAGAAAUAGCUUGUCUAGAAAGAAAAGCAUCCUUGCCCAAAAAUAGUUGUUUAAAGGACUUGAACCCCUUCCUGGACAAUGAGGGUCUCCUUAGGGUUGGAGGUAGACUAAAAAGAGCAAAGAUUAGAUCCUGUGUUAAAAAUCCUGUUAUUUUGCCACACCAUAGCCACAUAGCUCUGCUGUUGACACAGCAUUUCCACACAAAAGUCAAACACCAAGGAAGGUCAAUUACUCAGUCUGCCCUAAGAAACUAUGGGUUUUGGAUUGUUAGGUGCCAACGUAAAGGUUGGGGAUUUGGUGUUACUUAAUCAAAAUUAUAUCCUAGUCCUGACAAUAGAGUGCGCAAGGCCCAGGUUAAGGUCGUCUCUAACGAAAAGGUUUCUUUGUUUGACAGGCCUAUCAGCGACAUGGUUGUGUUAUUUUCAGAAGACAUACAGUCUUAAAGUUAUUAGAGUUAAAGGUAUUUAACUCCAUUUUGUUUAGAUUUCCGAAAGUCCGGAAAUCUAGGCCGGGAGUGUGACGGCGCGAGUGGCGCCAUCUAUAUGUCAAACUAUAAGUUUCAAGAUUUGAAUUGCUGUAUCAUGCCUGAUUUUGCCCUUACCCUGUAAAUGUAGUUGGAUUGGUUAUUUAUAUCUGUCAAUCAAUGUUGUUUGUACCUGUUAUAUUGCUCACUUAGCUAAACUAUUUGGCUCCACCUCUUCCUGGAGUAGGACUGUGUUUCCUCUUUUCAUUCCAUCAGCAAGUUCUGUAUCGGAUGGACGUGAAAGAGAGGCUUGGCUCAAAAAGCCCUUCAAAAGUUACCUCUCAGCACCAAUUCUGAGGUUCUUACCCUUGGGACUCACACUUCAUGUUCAGGGCCAACCUGAACAACGUUGAGGAGUCUCAAGCGCCUUCACAUCAGUCCUUUGGCAACAGAGGAAGACUCUUGUCUUCAGAUAUAGGUCAUUGGACUGAGGCUGAGUUUGCUCCGGCAUUUCACAGCCAGAGAAAGAGGGAUCUGGACAAGCUUCAUGGACUUAAACAAUCAAAGACUGUAAUGUAUAUUUUCUUUUACCCCCUUUGUGAAGAAUAAACCCAGUUUUUGAGUUAACUACAGUGUUUUGGUCCUUGGGAGUUCCAGUUUCCCUAAAGGAGGGCAAGAAGCAAUCCCCUGGGGAAAGAUCCCCUGGUCCAUGCCUCUUUCACUAAGAGUUUACAGCCCCAGGCGCGACGGCACAAUGAGAAAGAAACCCAACCUGGAAGCAAAGAAGGAAGUAUAAAGAAUUUUAUUCGUGUUAUGGAAAUCUUACUUUUGUAGAUAGUUCAACCAUAUUAUUUUGCUAUAAAGAAAAGCCUCCUAAUGAAGAGAUAACGUUGGUCUGUGUGUUUUUGUUCUUUUUAUCACUUUUGGCUACUAGUGCUGGGUCACGCUACUGCUAAUAAGUUACUGCGCUGUGCAUUUAUGAGCAGGGUCUUUUAUUAAUAAGCCCACUCACCCAACAAAAGUUUGAAAACAACUAAUUUGUCUUUCAAACACAGAAAGGUGAGGACCAGGAAGUGACAAAAAAGAGAGAACUUGAAUCAGAUAGGCAACACAUGAUGUGACAUGACUCCUUUUUGAUUUCACUCUCUCAAUAUGGUUUCUGUCUGAUCCACAAUAGUUUCUGUCCAUUAAUAGAAGAUGGGAGAAUAAGAUUCUGCCAAAAGUUCAAAAAUCCUAGGUUAGCACAUAAUAUUUAUUCUAAUAAGAAUUUGGAGAAGAUAUUAUAGUUUUUGGCUGAUAGAAGCUAGAGAGAUUCACAGAAGGAUUCUA